ACGUCGCCAAGAACAUCGUGCUCGAAUUAAGCAUGUGAUCAAGAACAUGUUGACAAGAACCUGCUUUUCUGGAUGCACGCCUUGAACCCCACACUCUUAUCGCAUUUGAAUGAUUGCUUUGCACUUUAAUAGAAAUCCUUUUAGUUAUGGAGACCAUGCUACGUAUUUUAAAGCAGUCAUCGCAGUCAUGUACUUCUUUCAAUGUAACUUGCCGGCGUCACGGUAAAAACAUAAUGUCUCAUUUUUUGAGGGAAAAGGGAAAACUUUUAGGAACUCCCCUGGUUUGACGAAAACUCCUCAGAUUUCGAGGAGGUCUCCUUAAAAAAAGGUGGGACUUUUCCUCAUUUUUUAAGAAGAUUCCUCAAAAUCUGAUCUGAGGCGAGAUUGGAGGCCUCUCCCUCAAACAUAAUAUGGGAGUUCUUCAAAGUUUUCCCUGCUUUUCCCUCAAAAAAUGAGACAUCGUUUUUACCGUGCGUGAUUCUCGACAGGAUGCCGGACGGUACGACGGCUCUCCACCUGGCGGCCCGGUGCGGCUCCGUCGGCGCCGUGCAGCUCCUGCUGGACCGGGGCGCCGACUGCAACGCGGCGGACUCGCGGGGCGCCACCCCACUGCACGUGGCCGCGGACUGUAGCGUGGCGCAGGACAUCUCCCAGGUCGUCGGCAAACCUGGCGUCGUGCGGCUGCUGUUGCAGAAAGGUUGCGCCGUGGACGCACGGACUGCUGACGGCUGCACUGCGCUGCACCUGGCAGCCCAGGGGGGUAGGCUGCAUGUGGCGAGGCUGAUCGUCGAGGCCGGUCCUGACCGCGGCGUCCUGGCCGCCAUUGAGGACGGCCUCCGCGGCCGGCCCGAGGAUCACGUCGUGGACGUGGACCGGAAGCUGGUGCCGGACACCGCGGCGCGGCAGGUGGUUCGCGCGCUGCUGGAGGCUGGCUGCGACGUCAACGCCGUGGCACUCGACGGCAAGACCGCCCUGGAGCGGGCCGCGGCCAGGAUGAGCAGCGGAGAUGUGCGGCGGCUGCUGGGGUGGUGCCGAGACGCACCGCGAGGGACUGGAAAACGGCAUCCUUCUUCGACGUGAUCGUGGCUGGGGCUACCCAAAUGUGUUGUUAACGAAUACGGUGAAGUGUGUGAAUGUCGCUCACCUAUAGGUGUGUGAAUAUCUAUUCUUACACUUAGAAGGGUAAAGGUGUGAACUUUACCUGGAAAAUUCUCACGUUUACCCCCGUAAGUGUACGAAUGCAUAUUCACACACCUAAGUGUAUGACAUUCGCACACUUGCGUUUUCAGUGCAUGGUGUGACCUUUCUCUACAGCAUUACUAUUUGUCAUAUGACAUAGUAUGUCAUGUGUGUUACCUACAAAAAAAGGUGUCAAAUUAUGACACAAUUUGUAAUAAGUAUUUUAUUAAAAAUACACAACAUCAUUCGUUUUCAUUUGUA